UGCAAAUAUAGGUGCUAUCAUGGCAGCAAGCACAGGGGCUUCAGGAUGGCUAAGGGGCAAGGUGAAGGCUAUGACAUCUGGAGACUGCCUUCUCAUCAUGGGGAGCACAAAGGCAGAGAUUCCACCAGAGAAGUCCAUCACUCUGUCAUACCUUAUGGCCCCAAGGCUGGCUCGUCGUGGUGGAGUGGAUGAGCCAUUUGCUUGGGAAAGCAGGGAGUAUCUGAGGAAACUCUACGUAGGAAAGGAGGUCACAUUUAGAGUGGAUUACACUGCUCCUAACAUCGGACAAGUAUUUGGCAUUGUCUACUUUGGCGACAAGAACGUUGCCUACUUGGUGGUUGCUGCAGGAUGGGCAAGGGAACCUGGUGCUGCCGAAGAUUUGAUAAAAGAUCUUCCACCUUCAGCAAUUGGAGAACUAAGUGGUUUUGAUGCAAAGGGUUUUGCAGUUGCAAAUAAAGGCUCCGUCCAUGGGGAGACGUCCUGUGAUGCCUGUGAUGCCUUUAAUGUAUGUGAUGGAUGCAGAUUUCAUGGGGUGGGUGUAUGA